AUGCCGCGGGAGAUCAUCACACUUCAGCUGGGCCAAUGUGGGAACCAAAUUGGUUUUGAGUUUUGGAAACAGCUGUGUGCGGAGCAUGGCAUCAGUCCAGAGGGAAUUGUGGAAGAGUUCGCUACAGAAGGCACCGACAGAAAAGACGUGUUCUUCUAUCAGGCCGAUGAUGAACAUUACAUCCCACGUGCAGUUCUCCUGGACCUGGAGCCCAGAGUGAUCCACUCCAUCCUCAACUCUCCGUACGCAAAUCUGUACAAUCCAGAGAACAUUUAUCUGUCUGAACACGGAGGAGGCGCCGGCAACAACUGGGCCAGCGGAUAUUCACAGGGCAAGAAGAUCCAAGAAGACAUUUUUGACAUCAUUGAUCGUGAAGCAGAUGGCAGCGACAGCUUGGAGGGAUUUGUCCUGUGUCAUUCCAUCGCAGGAGGAACGGGCUCUGGGCUGGGAUCCUACCUGCUGGAAAAACUCAAUGACAGGUACCCAAAGAAGCUGGUGCAGACGUAUUCAGUUUUCCCAAACCAGGACGAGAUGAGCGACGUGGUGGUCCAGCCGUACAACUCUCUGCUCACGCUCAAGAGGCUGACGCAAAACGCAGACUGUGUGGUGGUUUUGGAUAACACGGCCUUGAAUCGCAUCGCCACGGACCGGCUGCACAUCCAGAACCCGUCCUUCUCACAGAUCAAUCAGCUGGUGUCCACCAUCAUGUCCGCCAGCACCACCACUCUGCGUUACCCUGGUUACAUGAACAACGAUCUGAUUGGUCUCAUAGCUUCGCUGAUUCCCACGCCCAGACUGCACUUCCUCAUGACGGGCUACACACCGCUCACCACCGACCAAUCCGUUGCCAGCGUGAGGAAGACCACCGUGCUGGACGUCAUGAGGCGACUUCUUCAGCCCAAAAACGUGAUGGUGUCCACGGGGCGCGAGCGACAGCCCAGCCACUGCUACAUCGCCAUCCUCAACAUCAUCCAGGGGGAAGUGGAUCCCACACAGGUGCACAAGAGCCUCCAAAGGAUCCGUGAGAGGAAGUUGGCGAGUUUCAUCCCCUGGGGUCCGGCCAGUAUCCAGGUGGCUCUGUCCAGACGCUCCCCCUACCUGCCCUCCGCCCACAGAGUCAGCGGCCUCAUGAUGGCCAACCACACCAGCAUCUCAAACUUGUUUGAGCGAACGUGCCGGCAGUACGACAAGCUCCGGAAGCGCGAGGCCUUCCUGGAGCAGUUCCGCAAAGAGGACAUCUUCAAGGAGAACUUCGACGAGCUGGACAACUCCCGAGAGGUGGUGCAGCAGUUGGUGGAGGAGUACAUCGCCGCCACUCGCCCCGACUACAUCUCCUGGGGCCCACAGGAGCAGUGA